UUAAAACCUGAGCUGGUUUAAUAACAGGUUUUACACCUAUUCUUGGAAUUCAUGGUCAACAAAGCUCAUUUAUAUCACAUUAUACAAACUGAUAGUUAAGAUCAGAGGAUGUUGAGUGGAUCUCAGAUGUCAAAGUUUAGUCCCCAUACUGUUUGGAAAAAGAAUUCAAAUGCUAUAAGAUUUAAAUAAAUCACCCAAAAAUGAAUCAUGAAUGUUACCUUAACCCUUGUGUUGUCUUCCCGUUCACCAUGAAACAUUAGUAUCACUGUUUCUGACAUUUUUGGUCACUUUUUCCAAUGUUGCGCGUGCUUUUUUUUGAUGUUUUCUUCCAAAGUUAUUCGAUAUUUUUAAUGUUGACAUUUCCAGCGCUUAAAUCGAAAGCACUUCUUUUUUUUCUUUUUUUUUUUUGUGACAAAACAACUGAAAACGGGUCUAAUUUGACCCGAGGACAACAUGAGGGUUAAGAACGUUGUAUGGAAUCAUCCAUGUUAUUUUAUGACAAUUUGAUUGACAGAAAUCCACAUUUCCGAUAUAAAACACUUUGAAACGGGUCAGUUUGACCCCAGGACAACAACACGAGGGUUAACGUGUUGUUUAACGUCAGAGGGAACCAUGGUGCCAUUAAAGAGAAGAAAGGUCGUCUCCUCCGGUGCUGGGAGCCCCGGGGGCCCCGGGGACACCGGGAGCACCGGGAGCACCGGGGGCCCCGGUGGCGGUGAAGAACGGACCCGGUUCCCGCAGGUGGUCCUGUUCCUGUUGGAGAGGAAGAUGGGGUCCAGUCGGAGAGCUUUCCUCUCUCAGCUCGGUCGGAAGAAAGGCUUCCAGGUGGAGGAGCUGCUCAGUGAGAGAGUCACACAUGUGAUUUGUGAGAACAACUGCGGUGAUGAGGUGCGGACGUGGCUGCGCCUGCAGGGCGGGGGUCGGACAUCUGCUCAGCUGCUGGACGUCAGCUGGUUCACAGACAGCAUGAGAGCAGGACGUCCUGUGGACAUACUGGACGGACAUAAACUACAGGAGCAGCAGAUUGACGACGCGGAGGGUGGGGUGUUCUCGGUCCCGAGCUACGCCUGUCUGAGGAGAACCACUCUGGAAAACCACAACCCCGUCCUCACCGAUGCGUUGUCGCUGCUGGCUGAGAACGCCGAGCUCAGUGACGAGGAUGGACGGGGGGUCGCGUUCCGCCGGGCCGCCGCCGUGUUGAAGGCUCUCCCCGAACCGGUGACGGGCGCGGCGCAGCUCAGAGGGCUUCCCUGUCUCGGAGGACACUCGCUCCGAGUCAUCACAGACAUUUUGGAGAAUGGAGCGUCAAGGGAAGUGGAAUUUACAAAGCAGUCUGAGCGGUUUAAAGCGCUGAAGGUUCUAACGGGAAUUUUUGGAGUUGGAGCAAAAACAGCAGAGCGGUGGAUCAGAGACGGGAUCCACAACCUUCACCAGCUGCAGGAAUCAGGACAAGCCCUCAAUCGAGCACAACAAGCAGGCCUGGAUCACUAUGACGACCUGCAGCAGCCGGUCACGCGGGCGGAGGCCGACGCCAUCGGCGAGGUGGUGGAGGAAGCCGUCGUGUCUGUGUUGCCAGGCGCCCAGAUCACUCUGAUUGGAGGAUUCAGGAGAGGAAAGCUGACGGGCCACGACGUCGACUUCCUGAUCACACACCCGGAGGAGGGCAGGGAGGUGGGGCUGAUGCCCAAAGUCGUCACCUGGCUGGAGUCACAGGGUUUCCUGUUGUACCAGAAAACCACAAGAAACUCUUACUUGGAGGCCAAAGCCGGUCCCGCUCGGCCCCCCUCCAACAUGGACCGCUUCGAGAGGUGUUUCUCCAUCUUUAAAUUGGCCGACGCGGAGAAACGAGGAAGGAAACGGGCUGGAAAUGCACCCGAGGACACGUGCUGCCCCGCGGCCCACUCGCGGGUCGCCGACGAGGGCCCGGAGCCGGUGAAACCCGCCGGCGGACCCGGACGCUGGCGGGCCGUGAGGGUGGACCUGGUGGUCUCGCCCGUCAGCCAGUUUGCUUUUGCUCUGUUGGGCUGGACCGGAUCCAAGUUGUUUGAGCGCGAGCUGCGCCGCUGGGCGGGGCGAGAGAGGGCGAUGUCUCUGAGCAGCCACGCGCUGUACGACAGCAAACAGAGUAGAUAUCUGAGAGCUACGUCGGAGGAGGAGAUAUUCUCUCAUCUUGGUCUGGAGUACAUUCCUCCGUCAGAGAGAAACGCCUGAUGUUCUCCGACACGAGGAACAACAACAAGGUACCAUCUGAGGUUCAUAACCUGCACGCAGAACCGUUAACGGAGCCGCCAGCUGGACCUUUACAUUCCCUCCUGAAUAUUCUCAGGAAGGCUUGAAUCACGCGGACGUGCCGACAGUCGUCAUUACUAUUAACUCCUAAUGGGGGCGCCAGAAGCUUCACACACAUUCACACACUGUGGCCGUACACCUGCUCACCAGAUAAACACUCACACACACUUACAACAACUCGGGGUUCAGUGUCUUGCUCGAGGGCACUUUGACACGGGACUGCAGGGCCAGGGAUCGAACAGGCGACCGCUCUACCACCGAGCCACAGCCGACCCUAAUGGUGUGUUGAACGGAUUGUUUCGGGGCUUGCAUUGAGUUUACCGACGUCUUUAGGUUAAAUGUGAUUUAAAAUAGAAAAUAGAUUGGUGUCUGUACUAUGUUUCUAAAAUGGAGUCCAUUUAUAAAAGGAAUAGUCCAUUUACUAAGGAAUAGUUCCCAUUGCAAAGACAUCAAGGUAGGUCAGGGUAACUUUAUUAAUACCUUAGGUAUUAAGGUAUUAAUUAAUUAAGUACUUAAUAAUUAAUUAAGUACUUAAGUAGUA